AUGUUCACCCCCGACCCACCUACAUGGGUUAACCCCAUCCUUCACCAAACAAUCCGAUUCUAUAGCAUUCUUGUCGCCAGAGCAGGUGGGGGUGGUCGGGCCGUGAUAGUCCAAUGUAUCCACUACGAGAGCAAUACCACUAAUGCACAACUCGCCGCCGCCCAAGAUAUUAUUGAUAACCUCGAAGAGCAGGUAACCCAGCUCAACUUCGAUCACAAUGUUGUUCGCACCGCUCCCACUCCCACCAUCCCUGUUCUCAUUGCCGCUGCUCCCCCACCUACUACCGUCUCCCCCUUCAGGUCCGAAGAAUUCCCAGACUAUGAAAAAUUCGAUGACACUCAUACCAAUCUCCCCGGAUUCAUCACCCAACUCCGAAUGAGACUUGAAGUCAAUGACGAUCGAUUCCGAAAUGAGGCAGCAAAAGUUAUCUAUGCCAUCAGCCGCUCAGAAGGAAGGGCCCUUGGUCAGCUCAUCCCACUAGUUAAUGCUAAUUUUUCUGCACCCUCCUCCUCCGUCACCACCUUCGUCAUACACCUGGAAGCCUCUUUUGGAAACCCAGAUCCUCUGGGUACCACCCGCCACCAACUCGUCACCCUGAAGGAAGGCAAAAAAGACUUUGCCACCUAUUACUCACAGUUCCUCCACAUCGUGACCUACCUAGAGUACAACGAAGAAGCUAAGAUCGACGCCCUGCCCGAAGGAUUAUCGGAAGACCUAAAGGACAUCGUGAUAUACCAGACGGACAGGCCUAACAUGGUAGAAGCAUACGCAGCUAUAUUAAUUACAAUCGACAACGAGAUUCGGUGCAACCUGUCCACCCUCCAGAUCCGUCCCGCUCAAUGCUAUGCCACCGAACAACGAUACACUUUCAUCAAUAGACAAUGCAACACCUUCACCGCUGAAAAACAAUGGCGAAGGGACAACAAUCUCAGAAUGUACUGGGCCAACCCUGCCCAUGUCUUCAUCAACUGUCCCUCUGUCGAGCGCCUACGUAGCAACCAACCGGUCAUGAGGGGUGCCCUCCUCGUACCCGCUUAUGCUACUGUGGCCCCGCUGCCCCGCCGAUCGCUGGUUCCACCUGCUCUGAGUCGGUUUUUCAGUAGUAUCGGGCUUGAUCAAUGGCCCCUGCCUGGGACCUUCUAA